UAUCAGUAAUAAAAGUUUAUUUGCUUUGCAGCGAGUUAUUUUGUAUUCACCAUAUACUUUUGAAAUAUUAUCUCAUCAUUGUCCCUAUAUAAAUUUUCCCUCUGUUGUUUCUUUGAGAAAAUAAAAAGAUGUAAUAUAGUUGACUUCAUCGGUAGAGUCAUUUAUAAUCUUUCUUGGACAGUAAUACUUUUCUUAUAUGACAACUACAAUUAGACCAUCCUAUCCUUGUCUCUUAAAGAAAGUUAACAUUAUGAAUGAAAAGUAAUGUCAAAAGCUGUUUAGUUUCAUUAUCUAAACUACCUCUGAUCUUUUCGAUUAGGAAACAUCUUUUUUCCUUUAUAUUCCUUAGCUGUUCUUUCUGAAAUGCUUUACAUAUUGGUAAUUUUCGUAAUAAUACUAGGAUUUUUGAUAAGCAUGUAUUACCAAUAAUGUUUACUUUGUUUUUUGUGUUCUGACCACGUUGCUUACAGUUGAAUGAAUGACAUGCGACCCCAUAACAUUAAAUGAAGGCCUUUGGAAAAUAUUUGAUUUACAGCUGUAAUUCCAGUGCUUUGGGAGGCCAUGGCUGUUACAUUGAACUGGAGAAUUCAAGGCUAAGUGAGCUACGAAGGUGCCACUGCACUCCAGCCUGCGUGGCAGAGCCAGAUACCAUCUCUAAAAACUUGAACGUUAUGAGUAUUUUGAAAUUAUGUUAAUUACGUAUAAAUUAGGCUAGUUCUUUACUGAAAAACAUUGUAAAAAUACUUUUCUUUCCACAAAACACAUUGUCUUAACUUGAUGAAAAUUUCUCAAACAAGACUUUUUAAAAAUUUAUUUACUUAAAUACAGGAUCUUGCUCUGUCAUAAACGCUGGAGUGUGGUACCACAAUCAUAGCCCAAAUAGGCUUAAGCCUCCCCAUAGCUGGGACUAUAGGCGUGUACCACCACACCCAGCUCUUUUCAAUUUUUUUGUACAGAUGGAUCGCCAUGUUUUCCAGGCUUGUCUCCAACUAUCAGCUGAGCACAAGCUGAUUUCAUCUGAGCCUUCCAAAGUGUUUUGGAAUUACAGGGGUGAGCUGCCUCUCAUUUAUCAUUUUUGAAACAAAAUGUAACGACUUGAGAAAAAAAGGUCAAACCAAUGGUUUGAAAAGAGAAUUGCUAUCCAGCACUUAUCUCCUUGUAUCAACUAUGUACCAUUGGUUUUCCUUUACUAAAGCAUUUUAUGAUUUUUAGGUGUCUCAGUUAAGGACAAGAUGAUUUCUGUGAAUUUUAAAAAUAGGUAUGCCAGAAAACUAAAAUACCUGGCCUCUACAUUUAGAGAUUACUGGCUCUGGCUCGCAGGCUGCAUGCAGUGGCUUGAUCACAGCUGUCCGCCUGUAUCUGCUGGCCUCAAGCGGUACUCCAGCCUUGGCCUCCCAAAGCGCUCAGAGGUGAGUGACCGCGAUAGGAAUGUUUAACUUUUUAGUAGCAACUUUUAAACACAGUUUGGGUCCCAAGUUUAAUGGGAAAUUAGAGUGCAUAAAAACGUAAAGUAAUGAAAACGCACAAUACACGUUUUUGGAGUUCAUCAGUACUAUCUGUUUAAUAAAAUGCAUUUUCCUCUCAGUCUGUAAAGCCUUUUUAAACUUUAAGAGGAUAAUGUUGUAAGAAGACAAUCCCAAAACCAAUUGUUAGUUUACAUUUUUUAAAGGAUGUGCAUAAUUCAUUGUUCAUGAGACAAUUACACAAAACUAACAUUUCAAGGAUGCCAAAAGAUGAAAUACUGCCAUAAAGAUCAUAUACUAGACACUACAAAUCUUGGUCAAAAUACCUACGUUAACGUAAAAAAAAAUCAAAUGGCUUAGUAAUUGAUCUAGGAUAAUCCUCCCCUCCUCUUGCCUGUACACUGUGGCAAGUCCAUUUACUUUUUUUUUUUAAAGCCAAAGCAGGAGACAGCAGGGAAUGCUGUAUCUAUGUAUCUGCUUUCCUCCCCAACCCUAGGAAUAAAGUAAACACGUUUACUGCGGGCGGGAGUCUAAGGGCCUGCAAACAAUGAGAUCUGUCGCCUUGGCUAGGACUGGCGCCGGGAGGCGAUAGAUCUCGGGAGAGCCUGGGGCAGGGUGUGAGAGAUUACGAAUCCGAGGUCCACCGGAGAUGUCAGGGGGUGGCCUGGCCCCGUGCGGGGCAGCUUGCCUGUACGCAACCGACUGAGGCAGUGGUGCGCGAGUAGUGGUGACGGUGACGGCGGGAGCGCGGAGGAAAGGAACGUUGUGACGGAAACUCCAGCUGCCGGAGACCCCACCGCAGUGAGGUCACUGGACUCCCCGGUCUCGGGGCGUGACCGGCGCCGACCCGGGGCACCGAAAGGCCCACCGGGCGGAGGUGGCCCAACUACCAUCCCGCAUUUUCCUGGGUCUCUCUCCCGGGCGGCGACGUGACGUGCUGACGGCGGGCCCGUGCCGGGGAGCUGGGCCGCUUUUUGUCAGCUCCGAGCUCGGCCCCUCCUCCCUCCCUCCGCCCGCCCUACCAGCCGGAGGCCGGCCCAGUGCUGCAGAGAAAGGCCGGCCUGCAACACCCGCCGCUGUCGCCGACCGCCCGCACAUCCGUCGGGUGAGUCCCGUGUGCCCCCGCGGCCGCGGGGCCUAGUGCGCGCGCAGUAACUUGGUGGUGGCGUGGUCGGCGUCACGUAGGGCGCCCUCCCCGGCUAGGCCGGCCGUCGUGGCGCUCUGUGCCGAACAGGCCCCGAGGAGGCCGCAGUUAGGCCUAGGGAUUAUCCGGCUACCCUGAGCGGCUGCGGAGGUGCGCUCCGUAAGCGGGUAGGGGUGGGAAAAGUUCGCCCGGUUGUCCGGAAGCCGGUUGAUGGACCUGGGGUCGACGCCACUGCAGACGCAGAGCACGGCACGGGGGCGAGGAGGCGAAGGCUGCAGGCGUGAGGAGCUGUGACUAAUGAGAAUUAAAGGCCAUGGAUGAAGAUGAAUUUGAAUUGCAGCCUCAAGAGCCAAACUCAUUUUUUGAUGGAAUAGGAGCUGAUGCUACACACAUGGAUGGUGAUCAGAUUGUUGUGGAAGUACAAGAAGCAGUUUUUGUUUCUAAUAUUGUGGAUUCAGACAUAACUGUGCAUAACUUUGUUCCUGAUGACCCAGACUCAGUUGUAAUCCAAGAUGUUAUUGAAGAUGUUGUCAUAGAGGAGGAUGUUCAGUGCUCAGAUAUCUUAGAAGAGGCAGAUGUAUCUGAAAAUGUCAUCAUUCCUGAGCAAGUGCUGGACUCAGAUGUAACUGAAGAAGUUUCUUUACCACACUGCACAGUCCCAGAUGAUGUUUUAGCUUCUGACAUUACUUCAACCUCAAUGUCUAUGCCAGAACAUGUUUUAACGAGUGAAUCCAUGCAUGUGUGUGACAUUGGACAUGUUGAACAUGUGGUACAUGAUAGUGUAGUGGAAGCAGAAAUCAUUACUGAUCCUCUGACCAGUGACAUAGUUUCAGAAGAAGUAUUGGUAGCAGACUGUGCCCCUGAAGCAAUCAUAGAUGCCAGCGGGAUCUCAGUGGACCAGCAAGAUAAUGACAAAGCCAACUGUGAGGACUACCUAAUGAUUUCGUUGGAUGAUGCUGGCAAAAUAGAACAUGAUGGUUCCACUGGAGUGACCAUCGAUGCAGAAUCAGAAAUGGAUCCUUGUAAAGUGGAUGGCACUUGUCCUGAAGUCAUCAAGGUAUACAUUUUUAAAGCUGAUCCUGGAGAAGAUGACUUAGGUGGAACUGUAGACAUUGUGGAGAGUGAACCUGAAAGUGAUCAUGGAGUUGAACUACUUGAUCAGAACAGCAGUAUUCGUGUUCCCAGGGAAAAGAUGGUUUAUAUGACUGUCAAUGACUCUCAACGAGAAGAUGAAGAUUUAACUGUUGCUGAAAUUGCUGAUGAAGUUUAUAUGGAAGUGAUCGUAGGAGAGGAGGAUGCUGCUGUUGCAGCAGCAGCUGCUGUGCAUGAGCAGCAAAUUGAUGAGGAUGAAAUGAAAACCUUCGUGCCAAUUGCAUGGGCAGCAGCUUAUGGUAAUAAUUCUGAUGGAAUUGAAAACCGGAAUGGCACUGCAAGUGCCCUCUUGCACGUUGAUGAGUCUGCUGGCCUUGGCAGACUGGCUAAACAGAAACCAAAGAAAAAGAGAAGACCUGAUUCCAGGCAGUACCAAACAGCAAUAAUUAUUGGCCCUGAUGGUCAUCCUUUGACUGUCUAUCCUUGCAUGAUUUGUGGGAAGAAGUUUAAGUCGAGAGGUUUUUUGAAAAGACACAUGAAAAACCAUCCUGAACACCUUGCCAAGAAGAAGUACCACUGUACUGACUGUGAUUACACUACCAACAAGAAGAUAAGUUUACAUAACCACCUGGAGAGCCACAAGCUGACCAGCAAGGCAGAGAAGGCCAUCGAAUGUGAUGAGUGUGGGAAGCAUUUUUCUCAUGCGGGGGCUUUGUUUACUCACAAAAUGGUGCACAAGGAAAAAGGGGCCAACAAAAUGCACAAGUGUAAAUUCUGUGAAUACGAGACAGCUGAACAGGGGUUAUUGAAUCGCCACCUCUUGGCCGUCCACAGCAAGAACUUUCCUCAUAUCUGUGUGGAGUGUGGUAAAGGUUUCCGACACCCAUCAGAACUCAAAAAGCACAUGCGAAUCCAUACUGGCGAGAAGCCGUACCAAUGCCAGUACUGUGAAUAUAGGUCUGCAGACUCUUCUAACUUGAAAACACAUAUAAAAACAAAGCAUAGUAAAGAGAUGCCAUUCAAAUGUGACAUUUGUCUUCUGACUUUCUCAGAUACCAAAGAAGUGCAGCAACAUACUCUUGUCCACCAAGAAAGCAAAACACAUCAGUGUUUACAUUGCGACCACAAGAGUUCAAACUCAAGUGAUUUGAAACGACAUGUAAUUUCAGUUCAUACAAAAGACUAUCCUCAUAAGUGUGAGAUGUGCGAGAAAGGCUUUCAUAGGCCUUCAGAACUCAAGAAACAUGUGGCUGUCCACAAAGGUAAAAAAAUGCACCAAUGUAGACAUUGUGACUUUAAGAUUGCAGACCCAUUUGUUCUAAGUCGCCAUAUUCUCUCAGUUCACACAAAGGAUCUUCCAUUUAGGUGUAAGAGAUGUAGAAAGGGAUUUAGGCAACAAAAUGAGCUUAAAAAGCACAUGAAGACACACAGUGGCAGGAAAGUGUAUCAGUGUGAGUACUGUGAGUAUAGCACUACAGAUGCCUCAGGCUUUAAACGGCACGUUAUUUCCAUUCAUACAAAAGACUAUCCUCAUCGGUGUGAGUACUGCAAGAAAGGCUUCCGAAGACCUUCAGAAAAGAACCAGCACAUAAUGCGACAUCAUAAAGAAGUAGGCCUGCCCUAACAGUGUGUCUACAAGCUUGUAAAGAUGUUGGCCUUGAAGCAGAAAAUUCAUUUUUUAAAGCCAGUCUUGUUCACAUCCAUUACUAUACAUUGAAUUAUGCUGUGUAAAAAUAGAAUUAUUGUUUGUAGUCCACUUUUCUUUACAUUUUAUUCAAUACAGUAUCCUGAACCCUUUUCAGUUUCUUUAAUAGAUAAGGAAAAACAGCAACAAGCAAGUUGCUUGUAAUAAAAUAAUUUGUGAUUCUAUACUGAAUUUUCAGUCGUAAAAGCUUUACUAUUUAUUUACAUAUUUAUUCAUGUUGAUGGUACUCUUCUAAGACAAAAUCAGAUUGAUAAGUAUAAAAGUAACAUUUUUGACCCAUUUCUUCCUACACAAAUGUUUAACAUUGGAGACAUCUGCUAAUAUAAAUGGGAGGUUUUACCGUCAAGUCCAAUUAGCAAAACAUGGUAAUAAUUUUUUGUCAAUAUUUUCAGAUUACAUGAUAAAAUUUUACAUUUGAGCUUCUAGCACUGAUUAAUAUAGGAUAUUGACCACAUUUAUGUUUAUAUUUCAUUUUGUUCAGCAGACAAAAUGUACUUCCCUUAACUUUCAUUAAUAGUGUUUACAUUUUUUGUCAGCACAGCAAACUUAGAAAGUAUUAUUGAAAAGUUUUACUUAUUUUUGUCUUCUGUUUUCUCUUUGUACUGCCUUGUCUUGCAUUGUGUUCCAACACAUGAGACUUACUGCACACUGAAUUUUGGAGACUUUUAGAGGUAAAUUGUGGACUCAGGAUAUUUUGAAACUUGGUGUUUAACUCUAAAUCUUGUAUAUGCAUCUUUGUUGCUUAUUACAUAUUUACACACACAACCACAAAUUUUUAAACUUAUGAUGAAAAUUUACAAUAACCUGAAAGAUCCAGGGAUGUAUGAGAGCAUUUUGUAACUUGUUAUUCAGUUACUAAAUUUGAGGUGAAUAUUUAAAAAGAAAAGAAGGACAUUAGGAGAGUGAAAAUCUUCUCUUCAAAUAAUCUUUGAUAAAAAUGGAAAGUAAGAUGUUUCUAGAUAGAAUGUUUUCAUACAAUUUCAGCUUCAUAUCAUAAAUUUUUCUGGAAAGCUAUUUCAGACAUAGAUUUCUUAGUAUUUUUCUGAGAAUCCUGUGAAGGAACUCUGUCUCUUUGCAAAGUAAGGAGGAUUAAGGGAAAAUGAUGGUACCAUGUAAUGGAAUGAGAGCUAAUUCCACAUUAGCAACUUUAUCCUGCUUUUUAUUUUACAUUGAGUAAAGUUUUAAAAAGACAACAGUCAAGUUUAUUUUGAUUUGAAGAUAAAAGUACAUAAUGAAAAUCCAUGGACUUAUUUGGAAUAUAUAUCACUUUCCAAAUUUUAUUGUUUGAGAGUUAAUAAGUUAAUAAGUUAUUAAGCAGUUAAUAAUUUAUAUGUAUGGAUAUAAUAUAAAAUGAAUUCAUAUAAUUAAAAAGAAUUUGGUUAAUAAGAAUUUGGAGGAUGGAAAAUACAUUUUUAGAUUCCUUAAUUUGGCUGUUGGUACCUGUGUAUUUAGAAUAUUUUAGGGGAUUAGAAUUUUUUUUAACCCACAUUACAGCUACCUUCCAGCUUUAGUAUGGUGGUGCUUUAUUCAACUUUUGCUGUCAGAUUUUUAUUUUCACCUUUUUCUGUGCCACCAAUUCAAAAGUUAUAGGAUUAGGAAAUAUAAAUAUUUGGUGAUUGGCAGCCUCUGAAAUGUUAGAUUAAUUUGAUCUAGUUCUAAAGUGCUUUAGUCAUAUAUGAAUUUAAACCUAGUACCAACCAAAACCAUGUAAUGGAUUUUGAGAACGUGUUAGGCCUUCUUAGCCCUUACACAUGUCCCUACCUGAUUUUUACUGUCCUUCAUUAUCCCAUUCUUGAAAAGUUCAGUUUGUAUUUGAGAAUCCUUUAAAUCUCCGUCCAAUUUGUUUUCUCCCUGAAGUAAUAUAAAAGGAAGUAUUUAAGUGAAAGUUUAAGAGUUUUAAAGCAUUCUUUAAAAUUAAUACAGAUAGUUAGCUAUUUAUCUUUUAAAAAUAAACUGAAAGGUAAAGAACAUAACACUUUACAUAUUUCAUAUUUUUCAUGUAGUCUGGAGUUAUACACAGUUGUUUUGUUUUUAACCACAGUAUUGAAACCUUUAAAAGGUAAUUAAGCAUUUGGUCAAGUAAAUAAGAUAGAACAUUUGUAUAAAGAAACGAAAUUGUGUUUAAUGUUAUAUACUGUUAUUAUUUGCAGGCUGGUUUUAAUUCUUAAUUUGAUUAGCAAAGCUAAAAAAGUGAAUGUUGAAGUUGAAAGUUUUAAAGAGGUACAAAAUCUUACAAGGACAUAAAUUAUUAUUUGGUUGAAAAAUAGCCUAUUAAAUAUUGUAUGUCCCUUCCUCUGUACAAAUUGUAAAAUACUUAAAAUAACUAUGGAGAAUUCAUAUAGGAAAUGUGAUACUAUUGUAAAUGUGUAUUUGAGAAUAUGCAAAAAUAAAAACAAUAUUUUGCUGUUAAUAAA